CACCCUGAGCUUCCCCACGUCCCCUCAGCCCUAAUAGCAGUGCUGUGCAGCUUUGGUUUUGUAUCACUGAGAUGAAAGAACGAGAAGACAGGGUUUUACCCAGCCUAUGAAUUCACGUCUUCUGAAAAGCUUUAACCACUGCCUGCCAUCAGGUGGCAGCAGGACAUCCGCCGUGCUGCGGGUUAACCCCGUUGGGGGAACCGGAUUUUUUUUCUGGUAGCUACAGCUUCCAGGGAAGGGAGGGAUGAAUUAUUCUGUGCUGCUGCAGUAGCACUUGGUGCUUCUUGACAUUUCCCCCCUGUUGAAGUCUAACAGCUGCAUUCUGACAAAAGCAUUCCCUGGGGCAGGAGCAAUGCACUGCCUUACUGCAGGUGAAGCAGUGCAGGCACAUCUGGCAGGGCUGGCAGCUGAUGGGAACCCAGGAAGGGAGAAACUGGUGGACCCUGGUUCAGGCUGGUGGGAGGGGAGCAAGAGAACAAUUCCCAAAUAUUCCAGGAAUAUUUAAAGCAGCCAAACCAGCUGCAAGAGUUCUGUGAAAGUGAGACUGUCUUCUACAUAUAGAAGAGUACAUGACCCAAAGUAUGCCUCUCCCUUUCCAGCAAAAAAACAAUUAAAACAUUUAGUGAUGUGCCCUGCAAAGAUAUCUGUCAGCAUGCACCACAGGCUCUCACCCUGCAGCUGAACCCAUUAGCUACCAAAUCCUCAUUGUUUUCCUGGUAAUCUGCUAUUCCUUUCCACUGAUGAAUGCUUAAUCCCCUUUUAAACAAAUUGCCACAGCAGCACUGGCUCAUCUCACUCUCAGCAAACAGGGUCAGCCCCAGCAGGAUGCAAUAUUUGGGGUGUAUCUAAUGGGGUGCUGCUCCUACCUGUGCCGUUGCCUGUACUCCCCAUGGAAUGUUUGCAUUCAAAUAGGAGCCAGACAAACGGACACUCCCUGGGCCCUUCAUUCCAGUUGACAACCAUGGCUUCAAACUGGACACAACCAGGGCUUGUGCCAAGGUGUGUCCCAAUGGGCAGUGGGGUUCUUAUUGUACUGGGCUUAUCCUUCCUCCUUGUGGGACUCCUGCUGCUGUGUGCAGACUGCAGCCCCCAGCCCACCUGGGGCUAUACAGCCUAUGAGAUAAUAACUCCAAAGAAAGCUGGCUCUAAAGCAGGCAGAGCCAGCCAGGGCAGUAUGUCCUACCUCAUCAGCAUUCAGGGUGUGAAUUACACCAUUCACCUCAGGCAGAAGAAAGACUUUGUAAUAAAAAACCUCCCUAUACUCACUCGUGACUCCGAAGGGCAGGUGAUGAUCGAGCAGCCCCGUGUGCUGGCAGAUUGCUAUUACCACGGCUAUGUGGAAGGAAUCCUGGACUCCACGGUGACUCUGACCACCUGCUCUGGGCUCAGAGGAUUGCUGCAGAUUGGAAACUUGAGCUACAGCAUCGAGCCCCUGGCAGCUUCCUCCACAUUUGAGCACCUUCUGCUGCAGAGGGAGGCGGCGGUUCCUGGGACUGUGAUCUACAAAACACUCCAAGGAGGCAGGCGAUUUCCAGGUCGUGGGACAGCACCCAGGCAGUUCCAGCCCUGGGGACAGACACGGUACUUGGAGCUCAUGGUGGUGGUGGACAAGGAGGGGUUUGACUCCUUUGGCACAAGUAUAACAGAUGUCACACUAGAGGUUAUUGAAAUAAUCAAUCUGGUGGAUGGACUGUUUUCUUCUGUCCGCCUUCGCGUGUUAUUAACAGUACUGGAGAUCUGGACAGAGAAGAACCCUAUCAGUAUCACCAAAAACAUAACUCAGGUCCUUCACAGCUUCAAUCGCUGGCGGAUUCAGCAUAGCCCUGCACACAUCAUGCAUGAUGUGGGGUGUCUGUUUGCCUCGCUGGACUUCAGUCAGAGUACAAGAGCAUUGCACAUGGGUGGUGAAUCAAACUUUGCCAGUGCAUGCGAUAGACAACGCUCCUCUGCUGUUGUAUCAUUUGCAAAACAGACUUACAUUGACACUGCAGUCCAUGUCGCUCACGAGUUAGGAUACAUCCUUGGCAUGGAGCACGAUGAUGAACACUGCAGGUGUGGAAAUGCCUCUAAAUGCAUCAUGAGCCCAAAGAGCACAGUGAGCUAUGGAUUCAGCAACUGCAGCACAAAGUACUAUUUUAAUUUUAUAACAUCAGGGCAAGGAAAAUGUCUGAAUAACAUCCCAUCAUCUAUAGUGAGAUUCAUGCCGCAGCGCUGCGGGAACGGUAUCCUGGAGGACAGGGAGGAGUGUGACUGUGGCUCUGAAGAGCAGUGUAAGUCAGACCCUUGUUGUGACAAUACCUGUCGAAAGAAGGAAGGAGCCAUCUGCACUUCUGGACAGUGCUGCAAGGAUUGCAAGCUUCUUCCAGAAGGAGAAGUGUGUAGGAAGAGCAUCAAUCCAUGCGAUCUGCCCGAGUACUGCAACGGGACAUCUGAGCAUUGCCCAGAGGAUGUGGCCAAGCAGGACGGAACCACGUGUGCUGCAGAUGGAUACUGCUAUUCAGGCAAAUGCAGAUCUCACACAUUACAGUGUCAGGACAUCUUUGGUGAGAAAGCACAACCUGCUCCACUACAAUGUUUCAAGGAGCUGAACACAAAAGGGGAUCGGUUUGGCAACUGCUGGGGAGAUGGCACAGAUACCGAAUUUCAGAAAUGUAAGUUAGAAAAUGUUCUUUGUGGGAGGGUGCAGUGCACUAAUGUUAGACACCUGCCUCAGGCAGAUCACUCAACCAUCAUCCAAACCCCAGUGGGAGAUACCUGGUGCUGGGGCACAGAGCACCACGCGGGUCUGGACACCUCAGAUGCUGGAGUCAUUGAGGAUGGCACACAGUGCGGCAAGAAUAAGAUCUGCAUCAAUCGGACAUGCGUCCCUGAGGAGAAGUACCUGGCGUCCCACUGCUCUGCCAGCACAACCUGCAGAGGAAGAGGCAUUUGCAACACUAAAGGAAACUGUCACUGUGACAAUGGCUGGGCACCUCCCUUCUGCCAGUAUGCUGGCUUUGGAGGAAGCAUCGACAGUGGGCCUACACCAGUCACAAGAAAAGGGCUUUUUAAGUCCAUUGUCAGGAUUACCAUACUGAUUGGCACUGUUCUGAUACUUGCAGCACUUGCCAUUGAAUACAUCAGAAAGCUUAUAGGAACCCGACUGUUGAGCAGACUUGCUGGACAGGGUCAGUCCAGGGAGAGGAGUCCUGAGAAGGAAGAAAAUGAAUCCAAAUCAGCUGAGAGUCAAAACUCCUCUGUAUAGAACUUGAUCAGCAGCAGCUGGGCUCAGUCACUAACUCCUGACACAGCUGCAGUGGACUCAUUUAAAACUGAUUCUAUAUACGUGUGCA